AUGCUGGCCCUGCUGUGGGUGACGGUGUCGGCGGUGGCCGGGGGGGCCCUGGGGGGGUCGGUGCAGUUCCUGGCCGUGGGGGACUGGGGGGGGGUCCCCGAGCCCCCCUUUGUCACCCCACGCGAGGCGGCCACGGCGGCUGCCAUGGGCCGAGCGGCCUCCGACCUCGGCGCCGACUUUGUCCUCGCCCUUGGGGACAACUUCUACUACGAGGGGGUGCGCCAUGAGUGGGACCCCCGCUUCCAGGACACCUUUGAGCGGGUGUUUGUGGCACCGGAGCUGCGGGAGCUGCCCUGGUUCGUCCUGGCCGGGAACCACGACCACGCCGGGAACGUCACCGCGCAGCUGGCGUACAGCCACCACUCCCCACGAUGGCACUUCCCACACUACUACUACAGCCUUCGCCUCUCGCUGCCGGGCACCAACGCCACUGCCCGGCUCCUCGUGCUGGACACGGUGCUGCUCUGCGGCGGUGGAGAUGACUUCGAGGCCGGGGGAGCCCCACGGGGUCCCCGAGACGCGGCGGCGGCGGCGGCGCAGCUGGCUUGGCUGCGGGGACGCUUGGCCGCCGCGCGCCACGACCGCUACGUGCUGGUGGCCGGCCACUACCCGGUGUGGUCAGUGGCCGAACACGGUCCCACCGCCUGCCUGGUGCAACUGCUGCGGCCGCUACUGCGGCGUCACCGCGUCACCGCGUACCUUUGCGGCCACGACCAUAACCUGCAGUUCCUGCAGGAGGGGGGGGUGGGCUACGUGGUGAGCGGUGCCGGUAACUUCAUGGAGGAGACGCAGAGCCACGCGGGGUCCGUGCCCCCCGGCUCCCUCCGCUUCUUCUUCGGGGCACCCACCUCCCCCGGCGGCUUCGCUCACCUCCGCUUGGACGCCCACGCGGCCACUGUCACCUUCCUGGAGGCCACCGGCCGUGUCCUCUACCGUGUGGCCCUGCCACCCCGGGACCUGUGACACCCCAGACCCUGACGGACCCCCCUACAGCGAGCGACACAGGAGGGGACACCCCCUGGACACGGGGGGACCCCGAAAUGGACCCCUGGGGUCUCCAAGUCGCGUGGGACCCCAUCGCUGCUCCCUGAUGUCCUCAAGCUGUGUGGGACCCCUAGCAGAAUUCCCCUCUCCUGAUGUGGGGGGACCCCAUGAGGGUCCCUGGUGUCCCCAGGCUGUGUGGGACUUGGGGGUCCCCCAAGACCUGCCCAGUGAGGGGGGAUUCUCCGUGUCCCCAGGCUGCUCUGAUCCAGGGGGACCCCAAGACCCCUCCCAACCCCCUAAGCUGGCGUGGGGGGAUCCCAUCACGGAUCCACGGUGUCCCCAGACCAGGUGAGACCUGGAGGGAGGCAUCAGGACCCCCUUCCCGUGGCGUGGGGGGGGUCCAUCAUGGGCCCUCAGUGGCCUCAGCUAAGGGGGUGCCCCCAGGACCCCCCUCCUCGAUGCGGGGGGGACCCCAUGAGGACGAGGGGCGGGACCCCCGUAACCUCUAACCCCCACCCCCGCCCGAGGCCCAGCGGGAGCACAAUAAAGUGCUUUGGCCACGAUCCAUCGCCCCGAAAAUCG